CAAUGUGACAUCGCCUAAUGAGUGUAAAAAUUCGAGCGUCAAAGUAACAAAAAACAAAUUGCAUGCUUCGAAAUUACGAUAACGAUUAUAAAUAAAAUGUAAUACAAAUGAAAUUUUAAAUAUUUAAACACAUUCGCGCUAUGUCAAGCGUUCGGGACACUACAACUCAAAGGGUCGUAAAAAAACUGUAAAACAUUGAAUAGCAUGGAUGCUUGCAAAAAGAGUUUCGCAUUUAAAAAGUAGAUUUCUGACGAGCAAUUCAUUCCUCUGCUAUUAAAACUGCGAAAUGUUGCGAGUCGCUGUGUUUUUGUUUUUCCUACAGGAAUAUAAUUGUUAUUUAGUUUCGCUUCCAAAUGUGUCUCAUGCAGUGAGUUCUUUGAGUAGACCUAUAAACCGUGGGGAUGCACCAGAAUAUUUCGAUUGGAGGGACAAACAUAUGGUGUCUCCCGUAAAAGAUCAGGGGACGUGUGCAGCAUGCUGGGCAUUCAGUACAGUUGCGGCAAUAGAGAGUCAUCUAAAAAUUUAUCGGAAUGUGGAAUUAACUUUGUCGGAGCAGUUUCUGCUUGAUUGUGAAGAAUAUCCUGGCGGAGGCAAACGGGGCUGCAAGGCUUCAAGCAUCAUCGAGGUAUUUGCCCUUCACGCCUGCAAGAGCCUUACUCUUCGAGGUGAUAGCAGGUUUCCAGGUUUCAUAUUCUUAUUCUAUUUCUUUACAGCAAUUAAUUCGGCUUCCAUGGCUGAUUAUUCCGGAGGCAUUGACGAACCAACGCCUGAAAAGUGCGACCCCAAACGGUUGAACCACGCUGUUCUCAUUGUCGGCUACAAUGUUUAUGUAUCGAACACUGGAGUGCAUACACCUUACUGGAUCAUAAAAAACUCGUGGGGGCUUGGUUUCGGCGACCACGGGUUCUAUUACUUAGUACGCGGCCGGAAUGCGUGUGGCAUCGCGUCAGAUGUUAGCUUUCCCUAUGUCGAAUAAACUAAUAGGUUUUUAAUGGCUUAUCGUUUUACCUUAAUUGGUCUUCACUGACAAUUAUCCUGUUAAUAAAAUGAUAUUAUUUAUUCUGUAAGUAGAAUAUCACCCCUUCGAUUGGUUUCUUUUUUUUUUUUGAGUACGUUGAAAACGAAGUUUGAUAUUUCACUUUUCUGACUCUUCAAAGUCCAGACAAAUGCUGAAAU